CGGAGGCGGCGGGAGUAGUGCGGGGGUUGGCGGAGCCCGGGCCUAGAGCGGGCGGCCUUGGCGGUGGGGGAUGGUUUGGGGGAUGAGGUGGGAGAUGGAAUGGGGGAUCCGGGGUCCCGGCGGGGUCGCCGUUUUCCCGCUGAUGCUGUUGGUCCUGUCCGGGUUGGCGGGGGCGCGCGGAGGCGUCUGGGACUUGCGCUCCCUCAGCUGCAGCUUCCGAACUUACUGCGAGUGCGACUUCCGGCCCGACCUCGAGGGCCUAGAGUGUGACCUGGCCCUGCACCUUGCUGGGCAGCCCCUGGCCCGGCAGCUGGUCACCAAGGCAGUAAGGGACUUUGUGCAGGACCCGGCGCCCAGUAAGCCCCUGGUGCUGUCCUUCCACGGCUGGACCGGCACCGGCAAGUCUUACGUCAGCUCCCUGCUCGUCCGCUACCUCUUCCAGGAGGGAAUGCGCAGCCCUCACGUCCACUACUUCUCCCCCAUCGUCCACUUUCCCCACCCCGACCGGAUCGACCUCUACAAGGAGGACCUGAAGGGCUGGAUCCAGGGGAACCUCACCGCCUGCGGCCGCUCCCUGUUCCUCUUUGACGAGAUGGACAAGAUGCACCCGGGGCUAAUAGACGUCCUGCGCCCUUUCUUGGGUCCCUCCUGGGUGCUCUUCGGCACCAACUACCGCAAGGCCAUCUUCAUCUUCAUCAGCAAUGCCGGAGGGGAACAGAUCAACCAGCUGGCCCUGGAGUACUGGCGCCUCCGCAAGGACCGGGAGGAGAUCCGUCUGCAGGACCUGGAGCCGGCCAUCUCCAAGGCCGUCCUGGACAACCCUCGCCAUGGCUUCUGGCAGUCGGGAAUCCUGGAAGAGCAGCUCAUCGACCUGCUGGUGCCCUUCCUCCCCCUCCGGCGUCACCACGUGCGGCACUGCGUGGCCAACGAGCUGGCCCAGCAGGGCUUGGAGCCCCUGGAGCCUACGAUCGAGGCCGUCGUAGACAGCAUCACCUACUUCCCCGAGGAAGAAAAGCUUUUCUCCUCCAACGGCUGCAAAACCGUGGCCUCCCGCAUUCCCUUCUUCAUGUGACCCCGGGGGCCCCGGGUCAGGAACCUCGGCCUCCGAAACUCAACCCUCACGGCCAGGCACGGAUGGGGAGCCGCCGCUCUGACAGACGGGAACGCCCACUCGCCUCGACCCAGGGUGGGGCUCCUCCUCCUCUUGCGGCUUCGCCCUUUGCCCCGCCGGCCCGCCGAAAGCAAGCGAGGCGGGACGUGGCUGCCACCAGGGCAGAGAGCCCCACCCGGUCACGAGGGGCCGGGGAUGCCCUCCCGCUGUUCUGACGGCAUCUCGGCCCGGCCCAGCCCUAGAACAACCACUGCUGUCCAAGCCAGUCCCCAGGGGCCAAGACCAAAAGGCUUCAUCUGAGCCCAAUCCAACCCCCUCUUUAUGGCUGUUCUGUGAAUCACUGCCUCUCAGGGAUGCUACACUGCAAAGCUGCUAAGCUAAACUCAGACUGGUAUUUAUUUCUGGGUCUCUCCUCCUUCCCAGCCUCUCCCCACCACCGGCGGGGGCUGCGCCUCCCUCAGCUACACCACCAUCUCUUCCUUCCCAGGUCUCCUCCACAGCUCUGGUGGCUGCUGCAGGGUUUCCCUGCGGCAAGGGGAGGGCCACCAGGCAGAGGUGGACAGCUGGGAACGGGCAGGCUGCCUAGGAAGACCUGCUCAGCUAUGGCUGGUUCCAGGAUGGAGCAGGAUCCUCAUCUUCCGGAAACCAGGGCUGGGCACUUCCCCCAUCACGAGUGCCCAAGGACAGAGACCCACCAGCACAGUGCCAGUUCUCAAAUCCUUUUAUCUUUACCAAAAAAAAAUUAAUAAAAAGAGGGCCCUGAGCCUGAAGCCCAGUGGGCUCCUACCUGCAGGUGGGACGAGGUGGGGGUUCCAAGACGGCUCUGUGGGAAUCGGGCAUUCAGGAGGGCAUCCACCAUGCUUCCAGACACACAGCCUGGUUUCAGGCCUGAGGGGUGGUGGGAGAGGGGCAGGCUGUCCUGGACCUGACAGCCGCUGGUGUAAGACCGGUAUGCGUCGCCCCUCGGUCCCUAGGCCUCCUUAGAGCAAGUGUCCGACUGUGCCGAGGAGCUGGGUGUGGGACUCCAACGGGCGAAGCUCUGCUGACUGGCUCCACGCAGGCCCUGCGGCCACAGACCGGGAGACUUCCCCAAACCCUCAGGGGUCAGAGGAUGAUGGACGCUUCCUACGGCCAAGGGAAGGAAGGUGGAGCGGGUUGGUCCGUGUCUCUUCAAGAACUCCGAGCACCUGGGCCAGUGCUCAGGCCUCAGCCAGCUCUGGUCAAUCAAUCAAUCAGUCGAAUCUACUGAGAGCUUGGGAGAGUUCAAAAUAACGGAGUUGGUAGAUAUGUUCCUUGCCUUCCACAAGCUUACGGUCUGGAGUGACUGACUGGGCUUCAGUCUUCUCUGAAAAGUGGGCUUCACUGGCCCCAGGUUUGGGAGGGGAACUGAGGCUCAAAGGAGAAAAAUGCAUGCCCCAGUCAUACAUCUAGUCGGGGAUAUGGCCAAUGGAGGAUACGGCUGGUAACAAGGGUCAGGAGGCAGUGGCCCCUAGCCCAAACUAGCUGCAGGCCUUGGGACUGUUGCGCAAGGUCUAGCGGAUGGGCCUGGUAGUCGGGACAUGCAUUCUAAUCCUGCCAAUUGACUACUGUGUAACCCUGGGCAAGUCACUUCACUUCUCUAUG